AUGAAAUUAUUAUUAGUAUUAUUAUCUCUUCUUUUAACAUUUUCAUUAUUGGUACAAUCUGAAACAGCCUAUUUUGGUUUAAAAACCUAUGGAGACCAUAAUGAUUUUAUUUUCAAAUUAACUGAUUCAGAAAAAAUUAAAAAAGCCAGAGAUAUUUUGUCUGGAAAGGAAUCUGAUGAAGUUCAUGUAAUGGGUAGAAUUAAAAAGAGAAAUGAAAGCUAUAAUCCACAUUAUUCCUUUAUUAUUGACCCAGAUACAGUCACAUUUUUUAAUAUGGCUAUUGAAGUUUGUGAUGCCACAACUAAUUAUGUAGAAGAUCACCUUGAUGAGGCCUGUGGUGCUUUCCUCCCAGGUUGCUUCUGGUGUCCAUGGUCUUCAAAAUUAACUAAAGAAGUAAAACCAUUAGAGUUAAAUUAA